AUGGCAAAAAAGUGUUUUUUGUGUGAUUCGGAUGAUGGUGUAAUUGACUUUAAUAAUGAAACUUUUAAAAACUGUGUAUUAAAGUUAGCUUUUCUGACCGUUUUGAAGAAAAUAUACAACGAAGAAUUUGAUACUUUUUGUGCCGAAUAUACAGAGCAUACCAAUGCAUCUACUACUCAAGAAGAAUCAAAACAGUUGAGUCCUAGUGUCGAUCCCUGUGCUACAGUUGCUGAGGGUGAAAAGAGUAAUGUUGAAGACCUGUCUCAAACUUCUGGGGACUUUGACAAGGAGCAGUCACCAUCAACAUCAACAGCAUCGACAUCAAGCAAAAUUAUUUGUCUUUUUUGUGACCAUAGCCAAAAGAGAUGUGGGAAGAAGCUGGUUAAUCUUACUUUCCCUAAUAGUGACAAAGUACCACUGCAGAUAAAAAAUAUGGCGACAAAUUUUGGAGAUUCGGUGAUUCUCUCUAAACUUCAACAUCAAACUGUUGCGUACCAUCUGCCUUGUUACGCAGUGUAUCAAUCAACAGAGAAGCGGUCCAUGGAAGAAUCUACCGAUUCCAGCUAUAGUAAAUAUAGACAGUUACAUCAGUUGGCCUUUCAAUCUAUAUUGAAUUUCAUCGAAACGGAAAGAAUACAAAACAACAAGGUUAUGUACUUGGCUCAAUUAUUUUUAAGAUAUCAAGCUUUAUUGUUAGAGUUCGGAAAUCAUGAAAUUGAUUUCGAUGAUAUACAAGAUUACCGAUGUGAAACCUUGCAAAAAAAAAUAAUUAAGAAAUUUGGUGAAAAUAUCAAGAUUGAAGCUUCAACGGGAAUACGUAAAAAAAAAAUUGUGUACAAAGCGGACAUGGACGUUUCUGUAAUAGCAAACAAUUUCAAAUUUUUGGAGACAGGAAAAGAUUAUGAGUUUGAAAAUGUUGCAUAUUAUUUGAGAAGCUGCAUUAAAAAUAUAGAUGCCCAUCCGCUUCCUCGCAACGUAACUGCUGAUGAUAUCAUUUGUGGAGAAUGUGACAUUCCUGAGCGAUUGAUUGAUUUUAUGCAAAAUCUUAUCGGAGGACCUAAUUUUUCUGAUCAAGAUUCGGACGAACUGAAAGUUAGAAUAACGUCAAUAUGUAGUGAUAUUAUUUAUGCUGUAACCAGCGGUGCAUGUAAGCCCGUAUGAAGUUUAACCCU